GCUAUGCGUCAGUCUGACUUACGCCAUCCUCCCUAAACACUCUCGGUCUCUCAAGAGGAUACCAAUAAUGUCGAAAAGAGCCUCGCCACGCGAACUAGAAUCCCUACACGCUCCAGUUUCUCCUCCAAUGCUGAAGCGAAAAGCGCAGUCUCCAACUCCACCAUCGGAAAAGAGGUUGAAGGAGGGGAAGGCACGAAUGGGGCCUGAGGAUGAAGGCAGUAGCGACUUGAUGGCUGUUAAACCGAGGAUAAGGGUAGCUUCACCCUUCCAACUCACGAGAGUUGACGAAUUACCCGAGAGCGAGAAUGUCGACGCGGUGGGAAUUAGAGAUAUUCUUCGCAGAGGUCCACUCAAGGAGGUUUGGAUAUUCAAUUACUUGUUUGACUUGGAUUGGGUUAUGAAUCAGUUUGAUCCUGACGUCAAGGACACAGUGAAAGUGAGAAUAGUCCAUGGGAGCUGGAGACGGGAGGACGCCAACCGAGCUCGAAUUCACGACCAAGCGGAGAGUUAUCCUAAUGUCAAGCUUGUUUGUGCCUUUAUGCCUGAGCCCUAUGGAACCCAUCAUUCUAAGAUGUUUGUUCUGUUCCGGACCGAUGAUCAUGCUCAGAUCAUAAUACACACCGCCAAUAUGAUCCCGUUCGACUGGCAGAAUAUGACACAAGCUGUCUGGCAAUCUCCACUUCUCCCCCUCUUACCCCAAGAUCAUGGAUCGCCUCGCGCCCAGACCUUUAAACCCAUUGGACAGAGGUUCAAGACCGAUAUCUUGGCCUACUUCUCGGCUUAUGGCGAGGGGAGGACAGACUUUCUCACUACACAGCUUUCGAGAUACUCUUUCGAUCCGGUCAAAGCAGUAUUUGUCGGUAGUGUCCCCGGGAAAUUCCACAUUGACGCAUCCAACGGGAAAGGCUACGAAUGGGGUUGGAGGCGAUUGGCCAGUGUCCUUCGGAAGGUGCCCCUUCGAAGUCCUGAAGCCAAAGGCUGCAUAGUAGUCCAAGUGUCCUCUAUUGCUACUCUCGGAUCAAAGAACACAUGGCUUUCCCCAGUCCUAUUUGCAAGUUUGAAAACGAGCAGGUUCACAGCAUCCGCUGAGCCAAAAUUCCACGUGAUAUUCCCCACGGCCAACGAAAUCCGCGAAUCUCUAAAUGGAUAUAGAAGUGGCUCAUCUCUGCACAUGAAGUUUCAGUCCCCAGCACAGCAGGCACAACUGGGGGCGAGAGCAGCACCUCAUAUAAAAACCUACAUCCGCUUCUCAGACACCGACUGCACGCAGAUUGAUUGGGCCCUUCUAACAUCAGCAAACAUUUCUAUCCAAGCCUGGGGCGCCGCAGAGAAGGACCCGAUAGGAAGAAUUAACCACAGAGAAGUGCGCAUCUGCAGUUACGAAGCAGGGGUUCUGGUGUACCCUGAGAUCCUAGACGUGGAAGAAAUGGUGCCGACAUUUAGGAAGGAUAUCCCGGAUGAGAUUGGAGAUGGGGGAACAGCGGGGUUGAGGAUGCCGUAUGGGUUGCCGUUGCGGAAGUACGCUUCAAACGAAAUGCCGUGGUGUGCUUAUAAGAGUUAUUCGGAUGUGGAUUGGUUGGGACAACGUUGGGAAGCGUGAUUGACGGAGUUGGCGUGGGGUGGACUGAGAACUUGCAUCACACUGUGUUUUCUCAUGAUUUCUGGCUCUGGUUGCUCUGGAAACAUGAAGUGUGAGAGGUGAUUAAUGUAUAAUAGUUUACUGCAUCAUGUGGGAUCUGCUCGGGCUUUCUAGGUGGGUACGGUGUUUGCUAGACCUGAUACAAUAUAUGACUUAUGGUAUGCUUUU